GCGGCCUCUCGCGGGUGUCGCGUGGGCCUCACGUGGGCCCCGGGUCAUGGCCAGCUGGGUGUUCUGUAAUCGAUGUUUCCAGCCGCCGCACAGGAAGUCGUCCUUCAGCCUGACCAGCUGCGGGCACGUGUACUGCGACGCCUGCCUUCAAAAAGGUAAAAAAGAUGAAUGCAUGAUCUGUCGAGUUCCGUGUAAUACAGUUUUACUUUCAAAAAAUACUAACUCCAAUAUCCAGACAUUUUUUCUGAGCAUAGAUGGUCUGUGUAAGAAGUAUUCCCAGGAAACUUCUCAGAUUUCAGAAUUUCAAGAAAAACACAGGAGGAGACUGGUGGCCUUCUAUCAAGAAAAGAUUUCUCAGUUGGAGGAGUCCCUCAGGAAGUCAGUGCUACAAAUCAAGCAACUACAAAGUAUGAGGUCAUCACAGCAAGCAGCUUUCAAUACAUUCAAAACUUCUGUUUCAACAAAGCCAAAUGGCUAUCUCUUGCUGCCACCCAACUCUUCAAUUCCUGACAGAAUAGAAUCAAUGGAAAUUAACCUGACUCCUCCAGCAAGAAAGCCUGAGAUGGCAGCAGGCCCUUCAAGAAUCUCUCUGAUUAGUCCACCUCACGAUGGACGCAUGGGCAGUGUCUCCUGCCGGGGACCCCAGCAACUCAGCUUGACACCCAGUCAUGCAAGCAUGACGAAGGCUAUCAGGCAUGAAGUGUUAUUAUUUGUUCUGUAUAACUCUGUGGACCCUGGGCUCACUGGCAGUCCCUGCUCAUCCAGAAUGUACAGAGUUCCACCACUGCAGAUGUCCUACAAGGAACUGUCACCAGGUCCAGCAUCACAGCUGUCCAGCAGAGCAGCACAGGGGCCUUCUCCCAGUGUUAGUAGUUCAUGGACUGGACUACCACGGCCACCCAUCAGCAUUUCAGGCCUGCUGCAGAGGCAGUGUGCAGGGUCAGCACCCCCUGGGGGGAUGGACACUGAGAGGAUGAGCCCAUUCUUGCCUUCCACACCUGCAAAUCUACACUCUACAGACAGCCCCUGGCAUGUAUGUGUUCCUCGGUAAAUAUCACUGUACAGCUCAUUCUAGAGAGAUGGCGUAACUAAAUAAAGUAGCAGUCUGGAUA